AUGAUUGACGAGGCAGUGGUCCUAGAUGUAAAAGGAGGGGAGGCCUACAAGCCAAAGUCUGGAUUUUGGACAUCAUUUGGUGGCCUCUGGAUACAGCGUGAAUCAUCAAGUUGCCAUUCUAUUGAGUCCAAGUUCGAACGAACAGCUCCACCAAACAAAACCAGUGCAGCUGCUCCAAGCUCUUGCAAGAAAGCUCCAAGUGUGGUAGAGGGUGAGGUGCGUUCAAGGGAAAAUCUUGACGUGGCAAGAACAAAUGCCACUGCUAGCCGCUGCUGGAGUGAAAGGUCUUUGGAACACGUACCGAAUGUUGUUACUCCGGUGGCGGAGGGAGAAGGAACAGGCCUUGGACCAGAUGCUACCAUGGAGUUUUUGACAGCUGCCCUUCACAGUGCUGCAAGCAUAGGUCAUUCAGCAGCUGUUGAAAUGCUAUUGGCUGCAAGUGCAAAUCCAUCCUGCAUUGCCGCUGAUGGUGCAACCCCACUUCACAGAGCAGCCCGCCACGGCCACUAUCACACCGUGAGGAUCUUGUUGGAUUCAGAUCAGCGCGUGCUGAUGCAAUGUGACCAUUCGGGCUUCAGCCCUCUGCAUGAUGCUGCACAUGCAGGCCACCAACCAAUCGUGCAUUUGCUGCUGGAGCGAAGGGGCAGAUGGGCUUCAUGGGCUUCGGCAGCAGGGACGACUCCAUUGGACUUAGCCGCCAAUGGCGGUCAUUGCGAGGCUGUCAGGGAACUUCUGACUGCAGGGAUGUGGCCUGUCCAAAACCCAGCUGAGACACUGAGGCCCUUGCAGUUGGCUGCUGUUGCUGGACACAAGCAAGUAGUAAAACUGCUCCUGAUGCGUUUGAAACAUUUCCUUACGCUGAGUCGCAGUGGCAGCAGCGUUGGUGAGCCAGGCUUUGAGCGGACAGUCCUGGAAGACGAGAACCGACGCUUGCGCGAGGAGCUGGCCAGGUAUCAGACCGAAUCCUUGGAACGACACCGGAGGCCAUUGGCUGCCAUUGCUGGCGGAGGCUUUCGAGCAAUGCCUGCAGCGCCCAGGUCCUGCAUGUGUGAGACCUUGAAGGUCAAACUGGCACGGCAACCUCUUUUCCGUCCUGGGCGCUUUAUUGGCAUCUCCUCCUGGCUUGCAAGCCGUGAAGGCAUGUUGCCGGUCUUCUUGCAUGGCCUCAAAGCCAAACUGAUUGCAUUUGCAUUGGCUCAGUCGCGAUGCAUGGCGGUUUAA